AUUUUAGACGAUUAUUUAUCGUCGUCUUCGUCGGCACUCACUCGCCUCGCAGUCGCAGAAACAUGUCGGACCACAAGGCCAACAUAAUCGACGGUAAGGCAAUCGCCCAAACUAUCCGAUCGGAGAUUGCCGCCGAGGUCCACCGUCUCUCCCAGACAUACGCCAAGGUGCCAGGUUUGGCGGUGGUCAUUGUGGGGAAACGGAAGGACUCCCUCAGCUAUGUCAAUAUGAAAAGGAAGGCGUGUGCCGAAGUUGGAUUCAGGUCCAUUGAUUUGGACCUCCCGGAGGAUGUCUCUGAAUCCGACUUGAUUAGUAAAGUGCACGAAUUGAACGCAGAUCCUGAGGUUCAUGGUAUAUUGGUACAGCUUCCAUUGCCUAAGCAUAUAAAUGAAGAGAAAGUUUUAAUAGAAAUCUCCCUAGAAAAGGAUGUUGAUGGAUUCCAUCCUCUGAACAUUGGCAAAUUAGCAAUGAAAGGGAGAGAUCCACUGUUCGUCCCCUGCACUCCUAAGGGCUGCAUUGAACUUCUAUCGCGAAGUGGAAUUAGUAUCAAGGGAAAGAAUGCUGUUGUGGUGGGUCGUAGUAACAUUGUUGGUUUACCAGUUUCUCUGCUUCUUCUAAAAGAGGAUGCUACUGUUACUGUUGUCCAUUCGCGCACUAAGGACCCAGAGAGCAUCAUUCGUAAUGCCGACAUUGUCAUUGCUGCUGCAGGGCAAGCAAGGAUGAUCAAGGGCAGCUGGAUUAAGCCUGGUGCUGCUGUAAUCGAUGUGGGAACAAACUCUGUGGACGACCCGAGUAGGAAAUCUGGUUACAGGCUUGUCGGAGAUGUUCACUUUGAGGAGGCAUGUCAGGUAGCAGGAUGGUGCACUCCAGUCCCUGGAGGUGUCGGCCCAAUGACAGUCGCAAUGCUGCUUCAAAAUACGUUGGAGGGAGCUAAGAGGGUGAUUGAGAAAUAGGUAUUUCUUCACAGUUUUCAUCUUCUCUUCAGCUGUUUCUUGUUUUUCGUUUGCCUGGAUAUCAGGGGUUUAAGUGUACUUCUAUAACAAUAAUAAUUUAAGUAUGUGUAUUUAUUCCAUGGUUCCUGAUUUUGAUCAAUAUAAGUUUACUUAUCUAAAGAAUGCUCUUAUGGACU